AUCAAGUCACCGGCUUGAAAGGUCUCUAUGUACAAAAUCUUGUUGACCGUGCUUCGUCAAUUCUUUCCAAGCAGAUUGGUGGUCUAUAUACUGUGAACAAAGAUACAAUGUCGAGGACUAAGAAACUAUCCUCCGUUUUAUACACUCAGAUAAUUAAAGACAAUGGUUUUACGCGGGGUUAUAACGGUCCAGGAGCAUUUGCAAGUGGUCGGAUUCUGCAUGAAGAUGGUAUCUAUUACGAUGAUUUCCCCGAAGAUUUCGCAUGGAGCUCGGCAACCUCAGCCUAUCAGAUUGAAGGUGGCUGGAACGAAGACGGGAAAGGAUUGAGUAUAUGGGAUGUUCACGCAAAUACACCAGGAAAUGUUUUCAAUAAUGACAACGGAAAAAUAGCAUGUGACAGUUACCAUAAAUAUAUGGAAGAUGUAAAAAUACUAAAAGCACUAGGGACGAAAUAUUACCGAUUUUCGAUUGCUUGGACCCGACUCAUGCCUGAUGGCACAAAAGAUAACAUCAACGAAAAGGGGAUACAAUACUAUAAUAAUCUGAUCAACGCUCUCCAAGCAGAAGGAAUUGAACCAAUGGUAACAUUGUACCAUUGGGACUUGCCAGUAGCUUUACAAGACCACGGAGGUUGGCUGAAUGAAACAACUACGGAUCACUUUAGAGAUUAUGCUGAUUUAUGCUUCGAAAGAUUUGGUGACAGGGUAAAGUUUUGGAUAACUUUUAAUGAGCCAUGGAUUGUUGCAUAUAUGGGAUACGGUAUAGCUGUGUUUCCACCGGGACAUUAUUCUCCAGGAGAGGACGUGUAUAUAGCCACACAUAAUCUCAUCAAAGCUCAUGCUAAAGCUUAUCGUGUAUACGAAUCUGGGCACAAGAGCAAGGGAGGUAAAAUUGGUAUUACACUGAAUGUUGGUUGGUCAGAACCAUUUGAUAAAUACAAUCCUGAUGAUCUUGACACGUCUAACCGUGACAUUAAUUUCAACCUGGGAUGGUUUGCUCACGCCAUCUAUGUGAAUGGAGAUUAUCCUGAAGUUAUGAAGAAAAACGUUCACGAGAAGAGUAUGAAACAAGGGUUCAAAAAGUCGAGAUUGCCGGAAUUCACAUUCCAAGAAAAAAUCUUUAUCAACGGCACGUACGAUUUUCUUGGGCUGAAUUUCUACACGUCUGGUAUGGUAACGGCGGACAAGAAGACGGACGAACAUGGUAGCUAUGACGACGAUAAAGAUAUCAAAGGUGCCGGUAGUCCAGACUGGCUAGGGUCGGGAUCAGGGUGGCUGAAAGUAACACCGUUUGGAAUGAGAAAAAUAUUGAAUUGGCUGAAGAAAGAAUACAAUAACGUACCGGUGUAUGUAACAGAGAAUGGUAUAUCUGACAGAAAUGCUACACUCCGUGACUAUCACAGGAUUCAUUAUUACAGGACAUAUAUCAAUGAAAUGCUGAAAGCAAUAAAACUUGACGGUUGUAACGUACAAGGAUACACAGCAUGGUCACUAAUGGAUAAUUUUGAAUGGGGUGUUGGUUACGCAGAGAAGUUUGGAAUUCAUUAUGUAAAUUUUAGUGACCCAGAGAGACCUAGAAUACCUAAAGGAUCGGCUUAUUGGUAUACCCAGAUGGUAGCGGAAAAUGGGUUUAAACCUGGCUAUCCAGCUAUUGGAGGGCGAGGAACUGCUCCAGAUUUUGUUGGAAAAUUUUAUUAUGACACUUUUCCUGAGGAUUUCCAAUGGGGUAUUGCAACAUCAGCAUAUCAAGUUGAAGGUGCAUGGAAAGAAGACGGUCGUGGUGUAAGUAUUUGGGAUACAUUUACUCAUGAUGGUAAAGCCAAGAACAGAGAUACCGGAGACAUUGCUGCUGACAGUUAUCAUAAAUAUAAAGAGGAUGUGCAGCUUCUACGUCACCUCAAGGUAAACAACUAUCGUUUCUCGAUAUCUUGGACUCGGAUAUUUCCAAACGGGACUGGCCCAGUCAAUCCAAAGGGUAUACAGUAUUAUAACAACCUUAUAGAUGAGCUCAUCAAAUGGAACAUUAAACCUGUAGUCACUUUGUAUUACUGGGAUCUCCCACAGGCUUUAGAAGACAAAGGUGGAUGGCUCAACAACGAGACUGCAGAUUAUUUUAAAACGUUUGCUGAUGCUUGCUUUGACGCUUUUGCUGACAGGGUAUCGACGUGGAUAACUAUUAACGAACCGUACGUUGCAAGCAUCGAUGGUUAUGGCAUAGCAUUUGAUGCUCCUGGAAAAAGUAGACCUGGGUUAAAUGAAUACAUAGCUGGCCAUAACAUGCUAAAAGCGCACCUUUACGCAUAUAAACUUUAUCAGAAGAAAUAUGCAGCUUAUGGAGGUAAGCUUGGUCUGGCAUUGAACGCUGACUGGAGGGAGCCAAAAGAUGAAUUUGCACCAUCGGAUUGGAAAGCUUCUGAAACGGUAAUGCAGUUCACCCUAGGUUGGUUUGCUAACCCUAUAUUUGGCGACGGCGAUUAUCCACAGAUCAUGAAAGAAAAAAUUUGUAACCGAAGUAUUGCAAGAGGAGAUAAUGAAUGCAGAUUACCAUCAUUUACAGAGCAAGAAAUAAAUGAUCUUAAAGGAUCAGCUGACUUUAUGGGCAUAAAUGUAUUUACUGGGUAUCUGUGUACUGAAGAGAGCUUUGCAAUUGAAGAAAAUGGUUUUUGGCAGGACAGUGCAACCAAGUGCAUCAAAGACCCGAAAUGGAAAGCGUCCGGAUCAUUUUGGUUGAAGGUGGUACCUUGGGCAAUACGGAAGUCGCUAAACUGGGUCAAGACACACUAUGGUGACAUUCCCAUUUAUAUAACAUCUAAUGGUGUUUCAGACAACACGGGAGAGUUAAAUGAUACUGACAGAGUCAAUUAUCAUAAAGAAUACAUCGAUGAAGUUUUGAAAGCGGUAAAGCUUGAUAAAGUAAAUGUCAAGGGUUACACGGCAUGGUCCCUUCUAGACAACCUUGAGUGGAGUGCAGGUUAUUCUGAGCAUUUUGGAAUGUAUCAGGUUGAUUUUAAAGAUUCUAACCGAAGAAGGACCCCUAAAGCGUCAUCAAGAUUUUACAGAAAUGUGAUAUCUAAUAAUGGCUUUAAAGAAAACGAUACAGACUCUUUUCUUCCGCAAGAGAACGAAUUUAUGUAUGAAAAUUUUCCCGACAAAUUUGCUUGGAGUGCCGCUACCGCAGCUUAUCAAGUUGAAGGAGGUUGGAACGAAGGAGGCCGUGGGAUGAGUAUCUGGGACACAUUCUCUCAUACACCUGGGAAGGUUGAUAAUAAUGACACCGGUGAUGUGGCAUGUUACAGCUACAAAUAUUACGAGAAAGAUGUUAAGCUACUUCAAGGACUCGGGGUCACUCAUUAUCGUUUCUCGGUUUCCUGGCCACGAAUUUUUCCAAAAGGUUAUGGUGAGAUUAACCACGAAGGACUGGAUUAUUACAAUAACCUAAUUGACGCCCUGAUUGAUGCAGGAAUUACUCCCAUGAUAACCCUAUACCACUGGGAUCUCCCACAAGCACUAGAAGACUACGGAGGCUGGAGGAACGAAACAACGGCUGAUCAUUUUGCAGCCUACGCUGAUGUCUGUUUUGAUGCAUUUGGAGAUAGGGUUAAGUUCUGGAUUACAUUAAAUGAGCCAUGGGUCGUGUCUUUGUUGGGACACGAGUACGGAGCAAUGGCUCCUGGUUUAAGAACCAAAGGAACAUUGAUAUAUCAAGUGUCAAGAACAUUGAUUUUAGCACACGCUAAGGCAUACAGAAUUUACGAUGCUAAAUUCAGACCAACGCAGCAUGGGCAAGUUGGUAUAACUAUGAACUGUGAUUGGUGGGUACCAAAGAAUCCAUUUGACCCGGAUGAUAGAAACGCUGCUGAAAGAGGUCUUCAGUUCCAUCUUGGUUGGUUUGCACAUCCUAUUUUUAUAAAUGGAGAUUAUCCAGAUAUUAUGAAGGAACAGAUUAACAGAAGAAGUAAAGUUCAAGGACUUAACGAAUCUAGACUACCGCCGUUUUCAGAGGAAGAGAAACGUUUAGUUAAAGGUUCGUUUGACUUCUUUGGGUUAAACAUGUACACAUCAGUGAUGGUAUCUCAUAAAACAUGUGAUGAAAAUGAUACUUCUUACGAAUGCGACCAAGAACUUAUGGAGGAGAAAGAUCCUAAUUGGCUCGGAUCUGGCUCUGAUUGGCUUAAAGUGACACCUAUUGGUAUAAGGAAAUUGUUGAAUUGGAUCAAGAAUGAGUACGGGAAUGUGCCGCUAUAUAUAACAGAAAACGGAAUUUCUGAUCGGAAUGGUUCGCUUGAAGAUCAGCAUAGAAUAUUCUACUAUAAGAAUUACAUUAACAAUGUUUUAAAGGCUAUUAAGUUGGAUGGGUGCAAUGUAAAAGGGUAUACAGCUUGGUCUUUGAUGGACAACUUUGAAUGGGCACGUGGUUACACAGAAAGGUUUGGGUUACAUUAUGUGGACUUCACAGACCCGGAGCGGACAAGAACACCAAAAGCCUCGGCAGUUUGGUAUAGGAAUUUGAUCAAUCAAAAUGGAUUUGUUGAGACAGCAAUACCGUAUGAGAAUGAAAUGUUCUACGGUACAUUUCCGGAAGAUUUUGCCUGGUCUGUGGCAACGGCGGCAUAUCAAAUUGAGGGCGGAGUUCAUGAAGGAGGUAGAGGCGACAGUAUAUGGGACGUUUUUUCAAGAAUUCCCGGGAAAGUGCUUAAAGGUCACACAGGAGAUAUAACCGAUGACAGUUAUCAUAAGUACCCGGAAGAUGUUAACUUGCUCCGAUCUUUGAAGGUGUCACAUUAUCGUUUCUCUAUAGCAUGGCCAAGAAUAUUCCCUCUAGGAUCAGGUACCGUCCCAAACAAAGCUGGAAUAGAAUACUAUAACAAAGUUAUAGACAUGUUGCUGUCAGCAAAUAUCGUUCCCAUGGUAACUUUGUAUCACUGGGACCUUCCACAGGAAUUGCAGAAAUAUGGUGGUUGGACUAAUAGAACAACGGCUGAUUUGUUUGCAGAUUACGUUGAUGUCUGUUUUAAACAUUUUGGUGAUCGGGUAAAACUGUGGAUAACGUUGAACGAACCUUGGGUUGUGUCUUACAUGGGAUAUGGAUCCGGGGAAUAUGCACCAGGAUGGAAUAAAACAGGAACAGCAGAUUACCAAGCUGGCCACACCCUUAUUCUUGCCCAUGCCAAGGCUUACGAUGUUUAUCAAAAGAAAUACAAAUUUAAUCAAGGAGGUAAAGUUGGCAUCACCAUGAAUUGUGAUUACGCUAUACCAAAGAACAAGAAAAUUCCCGCGGAUUACACAGCAGCCGACAGACAUAUAGAGUUCCAGCUGGGCUGGUUCGCUCAUCCAAUAUUCAUUGACGGUGAUUACCCAAGCGUUAUGAGACAUCAGGUUGACAAGAAAAGCAAAGAUUUAAACGAAUCAAGGUUACCACAUUUUACAGAUGAAGAGAAAAAUCUUAUCAAAGGAUCAGCUGAUUUUCUGGGACUGAACCAGUAUACAACACUCCUAGCGGAAGAUUAUGAAUUUCCAACCGUGGAUCACACUUAUUAUAAUGACAUGGAUCUUAAAGAAAGUAGAGAUCCAAAUUGGCUUGGAUCUGGCUCUGACUGGUUGAAGGUAACACCGUUUGGAAUGCGAGGUAUCCUGAACUGGAUCAAGAAACGCUACAACAAUAUUCCAGUAUACAUCACAGAGAAUGGUAUAACAGAUAGGAAUGCUUCAUUACAGGACCAUCAUAGAAUAUUCUAUUAUAAAGGAUACAUUAAUGAAGUACUAAAAGCUUUGCGACUUGACAAUGUGAAUGUCAAGGGUUACACUGCCUGGUCUCUAAUUGACAAUUUUGAGUGGUCGCAUGGUUUUAUCGAACGUUUUGGAUUACAUUACGUGAACUUCUCGGACCCUGAACGGCCAAGAAUUCCGAAACUAUCCGCAGACUGGUAUCGCGAAACUGUCAUGAGAAAGGGUUUUCCGGAGCAUCCUGUGACCCAGACAAAUUGGCGUUAUCAAGACGAUUUCCUCUAUGGAUUAUUUCCAGAGGAUUUUGCAUGGAGCGUUGCAACAGCGUCAUAUCAAGUUGAAGGUGGAUGGAAUGAAGAUGGAAAGGGGAAAAGCAUUUGGGAUACAUUUUCACACACCAACCGGAUUAAAAAUGGCGACACUGGUGAUGUUGCUUGUGACACAUACCACAAAUAUAUGUCAGAUAUAACAUUGCUGAAGAAUCUAAAGAUUUCGCAUUACCGAUUUUCAAUAUCGUGGACAAGAGUGCUACCUUUUGGUACCAUUAAACACAUAAACCCAGCUGGUAUUGCAUAUUACAAUGAUUUAAUUGAUGCUCUUCUUGACGCUGGUAUUGUUCCCAUGGUAACCAUAUAUCAUUGGGACUUGCCUCAAGUUCUAGAAGAUGUUGGUGGUUGGACGAACGACAGUAUUGUUGACAUAUUCGUUGACUAUGCUAAAGUGCUGUUUGAUAACUUUGGAGAUAGGGUUAAGUUCUGGAUUACACAUAAUGAACCAUGGGUAGCUGCUCACCACGGGUACGAGAGCGCGGAUCACGCGCCCGGUCGGGAAGGUUUAGGCUAUGCAGCAGGUCAUAACUUGUUGAGGUCACACGCUAAAGUAUACAGGCUGUAUGAAAAAGAAUAUAAACCAUCACAGCAAGGCCAGGUUGGAAUCACAUUAAGUCACAUGUGGGGAGAACCACGUGACAACCAGAGUCUAGCUGACAUCGAAGCCGCUGAGAGGUUUAACCAGUUUGGCCUCGGCUGGUUUGCUAAUCCCAUAUAUGGUAAUGGUGAUUACCCGGGUGUUAUGAAAUGGCAAAUUGGUAACAAGAGUUUAGAACAAGGAUUGAAGCAUUCUAGAUUACCCGAAUUUACUGAUAAGGAAAAACAAAUGAUAAAAGGAAGUGCCGAUUUUCUAGGAUAUAACCUGUAUACUUCUGCCUUGAUAAAGGCAAGUGUAAAACCUUUGCAUCCACCAAGCUAUGAAGGCGAUCUUGACCUUAUAGAAAGCAAAGACCCAUCAUGGCUAAAGUCAGGUUCAGAGUGGCUUCGCGUGACACCUUGGGGAUUACGUCGAGGUUUGAAAUGGAUCAAGUCACAUUAUAAUAAUUUCCCUGUCUACAUUACUGAAAACGGUGUGUCUGACAACACUGGUACAACUUCCGACCAGCACAGGAUCGAUUAUUAUAGACAAUAUAUCAACGAAGUUCUUAAAGCUAUACGACUUGACGGAUGUGAUGUCAGAGGUUAUACAGCAUGGUCAUUCUUGGAUAAUUUUGAAUGGAUGGAAGGCUACUCGGAACACUUUGGUCUCCAUUCUGUAAAUUUCUCGGACCCAAAUAGACCGAGGACACCGAAAUUAUCAGCUGCCUAUUUCACAAGCAUUAUAGAAAACAAUGGAUUUUACCUGGGGGGAAAUGAGAUAAAAGAACCAACAACCCAGCCUUCUAUUUCUACACAGCCACAGGUGUACCAGUACCCAACGAGAACGAAUACUGAUACCGAGUGGCUGUAUGAAGAUGAGUUUCUGUAUGGAGUCUUCCCGGACAAUUUUGCUUGGAGUGUUGCCACGGCAGCUUAUCAAGUGGAGGGUGCAUGGAAUGAAGACGGAAAGGGACUUAGUAUAUGGGAUACUUUUUCACGACAAGGAAAGAUUGAUAACAAAGAUACAGGGGAUAUAGCAUGUGACACCUACCACAAAUACCAGGAUGACAUUGCCCUACUUAAAAACCUUAAGGUCAACCACUACCGAUUUUCAAUAUCUUGGUCAAGGAUUCUUCCGGAUGGUACAAAUAAAUUCAUAAAUCCUGCAGGUAUUGCCUACUACAACAAUCUAAUAGAUGCUUUGCUGGAUGCUGGUAUAACUCCAAUGGUGUCAUUAUAUCACUGGGAUCUGCCACAAGCUCUAGAAGACGUAGGAGGCUGGACAAACCGUAGUAUUGUCGAAACGUUUAAAGAUUAUGCAACAGUUGUGUUUGACAAUUUUGGGGACAGGGUCAAGUUUUGGAUAACCUUUAAUGAGCCAUUUGUUAUUGCUCACCACGGUUAUGAGACAGGUAGUCUUGCUCCGGGCCGAAAAGGUCAAGGUUACAUAGCAGGACAUAACAUUCUUUUAUCACAUGGCAGUGUUUACAAUCUUUACAAUAAUGAUUACAAAGGAGAACAAAAAGGUAUGCUUGGUAUAACAUACAGCCAUAGAUUAGGAGAACCAUAUGAUAAGUCAUUACAAGCUGAUGUUGACGCUGCUGAAAGAUUUAACCAGUUCUAUCUUGGCUGGUUUGCUAAUCCCGUGUUUGGAAAUGGGGAUUAUCCAGACAUCAUGAAGUGGCAAGUUGGCAACAAGAGUAUUUCACAAGGCUACAAGUUGUCCAGGUUGCCAACUUUUACUACUGAAGAAAAGAAGUCAUUGAAAGGGAGUGCAGAUUUCAUCGGUUAUAAUUUCUACACGGAGAAUUUAAUUCAAGCUAGUAAAAGUCCACUACUACCUGUUGGAUAUGAAACGGAUUUAGACGUUAAUCAGAUUAAAGAACCUUGCUGGGAAAAAUCUGGGUCGGAAUGGUUACGAGUGACCCCUUGGGCAUUACGGAGAGGUUUAAAUUGGUUAAAAUACCACUACAACAACUUCCCAGUAUACAUCACAGAAAAUGGCGUCUCAGACAACACAGGGACAACUUCUGAUCACCGUCGAGUGGCCUUUUAUAAAGCAUAUAUAAAUGAAGUGCUUAAAGCUAUAAUAAUAGAUGGAUGCGAUGUCCGAGGUUAUACAGCAUGGUCUUUCCUGGAUAACUUCGAGUGGAUGAAGGGAUAUUCGGAACGUUUUGGAUUACACUAUGUUAAUUUCAGUGAUCCGGAGAGACCAAGAACACCGAAAUUAUCUGCUGCAUAUUACAGGUCUAUCAUUGAAGAUAAUGGAUUUCUGAAGAACGGAGAAUCUUCUAGCCAUAGAAAUAAUUACAAUAUCACUUGCCAUACACAAACUACUCCUCAUAGUAUUACAUCCACAACAAACUUGCCUAGAACCAUGCAACAGUCAACAGGCAAAGCAAAUACCAAAAUUGGCACAACUUCAGUAAAUUCUACUGUUAUCACAGAGAAAAAUACAGCAAAUACUAUUGGUACAACAAAAGCAAGUGAGACUACAGCAAAAAGUUCGCCCGUAAUCCAAAUGACGAAAACGAGUACCGUAAAAUCGGUUGACAGUCAAAAAACUGAAAUCAAUCUCUUCUGUGCCUAG